AUGACGGAGAAGAGAAAGCGCGCUGGAUCGGAUGCUGCCGCGUCGGGGCACAGCGAGUCGGACGCAUCCGACGACGAGCAGUUUGUCUCUACGGAUCAGCCGCGAGCAGAACAGUCGGCGACGCAGCAGAACAAGGCGCUCCUCCCCUUUGGCGACGGUGCUGAGCUUUAUGAAGCGCUCAAAACACCAUCGGCCGACCUUCUACGUCUGCUGCUCUCCAGACUACGCCAUCAAAGCACUCUCACCUUUGCAGAAAACACGCAGAGAUCCACCAUCCCCGCCAGCGACAAGAGGAUCCAACUCGUUAAGGACUACUGCCAGCUAUGCGAGGCGCAAGCGUCCAACUCUACUCCCUCAACCUCAGCUGCCGCCUCCGUCUUCUCUACAUGGGAGCUCGCAGAUCGCCAGGAUCUUCCCACCUUGCUGCAUCUACCUAUCUUCUGCCUUGCCCAGUCGCUUGCGCUCCUCUCCGUCCACUAUCCCACCCAUGCACUCGGCUCCAACAUCAUCGAGCGUAUUCUUUCAUCCAAUCAGCCAUGGCUAGGCAUGCUACACAACUACAUCUCCAACCUAGGCGGUGCCAAGUUUGCCGCUUCCAAACAGCGAGACACUCGCUCAUCCAAGGGCUCCGAUGUAGCGGGACUAGCAUCCCUCGUCCUGCUUCGCGAAAUCACUAGCUUCGCCAAGGGUCGCUACGCAGCCAAACUCUUCGACUCAUUCAAUUGGUCGAUGAAGGUGCUUCCCCACAUCUUCAACAUGCGCAGAAGGACCAGCCGCAAAUCAAAGACAUCCAAAAAGACGCAGGUCGCCAAGGACGUAUCUCUGCGUCGUCCCGACAUUCGAACCCUCUACAUCCUCUUCCUACUCUCCUUCCUUCAGCAAGGCUACUCCCACACGCUGAAGCUUCGACUCUUGGACCUUGGUCGAGACUUUUUGCCCGCCAUCCUCAAAGGUCUCCCACAAGAUCCGCCAGACGUCGUCCAAACCAUCCUCUUGCACCUCCACGAGGAUCUCGUCAAGGACACCAAGAUUCCCCGUAGCAAGAAGGUCGAGUUCUGGAACGAAUGGGCAUGCGGUUGUGUCGUUCAGCUUUACUCGCGUGAGGAUGAGCAUGUCCUUAUCCAUGCAGAUACCCAGGCUGUCGAGAAUCCUUCGGUGGCCGAACUCGCACAUCACUUUCUCCUCAGCAUCUGUACAAAUCCCGGCUUUGGUAUCUGCUACCCAGAUCGAGGCUGGUAUCCACGCAAAGCAACUGCGACAUCAGAGACCUUGGUCACCGCAAAUGAAACCAAAGCCAACGACGGCGCAGACUUUGUUACAGAGUCCAACGCAACCCAGAAGGGCAAGCAGAUCGCAAGCGGCUCGAUCUACAACAAGGUUCUCUCCGGCGUCAUUCGUCAGCUCGCCGUCGCCGAAGAUCUGCGACAGCAAGAACUUGCACUCGGAAUCCUUAAGGCUUGCCCCGAGCUUGUCGGUCCCUAUCUCGAAACCUCGUGCGCUGGGCUCAGCGUGGACCCACGGCCAAGUUCGCGAUGGCUCUGCAAUGUUGCCUUCUUUGGCCGUGUAGUAGGUCUAGAGCUUCCUUCUUUCCGAAUUGCAAAGGUCGAGCAUCUCGAAACGCAGCACGAUUCUGCAUCCGCCGCCUUGACCCCGCAUUCACAUCGAGCCUUUGCAGCACAGCCGCCUCCAAUGUCGAGCAUUGUGGCCAACAUUCUGCCUGGACCGUUUUAUCGAUCGCUGUUCAGUCAAGGGCUCAACAACGCAGAUCAGCUCGUUCAGUAUUCGACCUGUGCACUCUUGUCCCGCUGUCUCGAUCGCAUGGUUCGUUUCCGCCAAGUCUGCACGAGUGCCAUAUCGGAUCUCGACGAGGACGAGAACGGACCAUGGCGAAGACGACUCGAAGCUCUCGAAUUGGAAGCGCGCAGACGCAUUCCCGAUAUUUCCGUGGUCAUCCAGAUUCUUCAAGUGGUCACCUCUCGGCCCAGCGUCAAGGGAAAGUCGAAUGAGGCCAGCGCCGAUGUCACCCUCGGCAGCGCCGACUCGACUCCCGUCUCGGAAAAGGACAGGAUGAUCUCCACCGAAGCAGCUCUUCGACUGCUUUCGCUCUACUACCAAGCCGUGCCUAGCUCUGCCUUCGACGCUCGAUUCAACGCGGGCAAGCUUCUUACCAACGCAUUCGUCCACUCCAGUGAAGUGGCUUCCAUCGAAGGGCCAGAUGAGGACACCAACAUGCUUGACGAUACGGAGGAUGGGAGCAAGAAGGCAGUGGAUGGGACAACUUCUGACAACACUGAAGAUGAAGAAGACGCAGAGGACGCUGGUGAGAUCGAUCUGCAAGCCCUUUGUCAGGUACACACACUGCGCAUCCUCUCCCAUUCAGCUCGAGUAUCGUCGUUUGACUGGACGGUCAAGCCAUCUGGUUCUAACGAGAAUCUCAGCUAUCUUGCCUUGCUUCUCACUCUUUUCGUCUCAACGCCUCUCGACCAAGUGAAGCAAGCCUGCGAGGAGCUGCUUCGUUCACUUCUCUCCACUUCGUCGUUCUUCGAGCACCAGCCUUCGGAACUCGAUGCUUGGCUUGCGAGUCUCCCGCAAUCCGAUGUUGAGUCAGCUCGGAGAGAAGACGGAGACAGACCAGACGAUUCCGGCUCUCGUCCUGCAAACAGGACUCUCUCAACAGAGCAGAGUUCAGUCGUAGCGUUCUUGGACGAAUGCAUACUCAGAUGUGCAAAGACUCCUUACCGCUACAUCGAGGCCGCACGCCAGUAUCUCCAAGAGCACUCCAGAGACGCAGACGGCGCAGACGGUCAAGUCGGCUCCACAAAGACGUCCACGGAUGUGCUUGGCUCCCCCUGGCUCAUGGCGGUGUUCGAGCAAUUCACGAUUCGGAUCGAGAAGGGAUUGUUCGCAGCCGACGACGGAACAGUAAAUGCGUUAGUCGCGUUCCUCAUCCGCCUGCUUCCUGUCUUGUGCGCUUACACUCGACAAACAUUUGCUUUCGAGGCCAUGGCGCUAAAGAUCGAACGUGGUGUCAAGGCAAAUCCGAAGUACGCAUCAUCCGUAUUUUUAGCAUCGGUACUUUCCAGCAAAAUUCGGUGUCUCAGCAAGGCUCCCGUCGCUGACACUAGGGCGACGGAGAAAGCGAUGCAAUCAAACUCCCAGUCGACUGCCGUGUUUCUUGGCACGUCCACGCCCGAACAACUACGAUUCAAGUUGCGGAAUGCCACCAGACCGUUGCGUCAGGCCCACAUUGUCGAUCUUUUUCGAGUCACGCAACAGCUGCACGAUAGCGGCUUUGCACAAGCAUCGCAGAUCUUCGAAGAGCUUGACCCAUCCACGGAGAACAUCGCGGCAGCCGCUUUCCCUGGAGCAAAAGAGAUCGCUUACGGAUCCAUGCCGAUGCUCCAUCUGCCUCUCAGCUCUCGUUUCAUCGCACCGGCUCGUGACGACUUCAUGACGACCACAGACGCUGACGACGGAUCGAUACCGGACGGCCUAGUCCCCUGGAGCUCGAAUGUUCAUUCACGGCUCGCGGUAUGGAUCGCUCUGCUUCGAUCGCAAGGCGAAGAGGACGGCGAGAUUACCCUGUCACAUGUACGGUCACUUCUCUCGUUGGUCGACGCUGCGGACUAUCUUUCGCAGGAAGAUGCCAGGCAAUUCCUGUUCGUCGAAGCCUUUCCGGCUAUACAGUCCACCACCAGGCAAAAUGCAGUCGCAGCAGGGCUCCUGCACUCAAUUAGCGAGCUUGCAAUCAAACACCUGGAUACAAGCCGAAAGGAGCACGUCGAGAUGGUCUCUUCACUGCUUAGUCAGUUUCGACCGAGCAUGACCUUCAACGGCAAUUUCUUGCGAACAAUGGCGAAUCUGGCUCCCUUCCUAGCUGAUGAUCGAGUUGAUGAAGCCGUGGAAGCUUGCACUCGCGUGCUCGCAUCCCACAAGGCUGCGGCAGACGUGCGGCUGACCGCGGCCGAAACCCUCUCCAUCCUGACUGCUUCCGUCAAACCGUCGUCCAGACUCUGGGCAAAGCUGAUCUUGCGGCUACCGGAGCUCGUUGAGGCAGCGUUCAGAGCGGAAGACAUUGCGGUCAGUCCAGACGAGCGCGACAGCGUCGACGCCGUAUCGGUACGCCAGAGUCUGCUUCUUGGCGUCAUUCAAACAGUCUUGCGACAGUCGCAUGACCACGCCACAGCCACACAGCUUCAAACUUUGACAAACGUCGACUUCAGCUGUCUCGCUCAGACAAGGAUCGUUUCUCCUGCCCUGGACGGUGCACUGGCGGCAGCCAUUCACGCCCAUUCAGCGCUCGCCUUGUCCGUUUCCGAAGGACUGCGGUCAAUACUGGAAGCCAAAGAUCCAAGUCAGACAGGUGUCCUCCAAGCUGUUCCCUGCUCAUUGUUGACGCUUUUGUCGGCGCUGCUCGAACACGACUCGCCCGUCCUGGUCAAGUCGAAAUGGUCCCCAGCACACGUCGAAAUAAUUGCAGAUCUCGCAAUUUCCGCCAUUCUCGACGACGAAGUCUCCACAGAGACAGCACAAACGAACGCUUUUUCCCUUGUCGCCAGCUUGCGAUGCGCCCAAAAGUUUGGCUGGAAGGAGAUGCAAGCCGAGGUGGGCUACAAGCUGCUGGACUUUGCAACAAAUUGUGUCCAAACACUGCCGUCCAAGGCUUUCCACGGCCCGCUUUUCGAGGCCUUGCUCGGCCUUAUCGACGAGGUGCCUGCAUUGCCUCGGCUGUCCGAGAUUUUGCAGGCCACAAUCGAUGCAUCUCUUCUCUGGCUCGUGCGACGAUUUGCAGAGGACAGCAAUGAUUCGAGCGACCUUGUCCAGACAACUGUCUCUUUGACGUCGCUGAUCGAACGUGCUUGCGAUCACCAGCAGCUCAGAAUCCAGCUGAAGAGAUCUCUUGUCGACCCCGUAAUCCAAGCAGCUAUCAAGAACAGGCUAGUUGCUCUCGAUCAAAUGCGACUUGUUCUGACGCUCUGCAGCCGGGCUGACCUCGAGCCAACGCAGCUCUCGCGAUAUCUUGGAGCUCUCACCGCGCACGCCGAUUUCAAUUCGGUUAUGCGUGGAUCAGCCGCUGUUCUGCAACCGCUUCAGCAAGGCGAGGAUGCUGACGACGAGAGAUGUGGCGAUCUCCCGGAGGAGGACAAGCGAGAAGCAGCCGAUCAAUUGAGGCAACUCGCCACAGAAUUCCCUUACACCGUUGCCAGCCGCAACGCUAGAGAACUGCUUCGCGCGCCGCUCUUGACAAGACUCAUGGCAUUCUACAACGCCACACUGUCCAAGUCAGAUCGGAUGAUUCUAGCUUUGUUCCGACUCUUCGAGGAAGAAUGUGGCCAGUCGUUUAUGGGCGUUGUUCAAGGCUGGACACUUCCCGCCUCGUCUAGCGAUGGCAGCGACAGCGUGAUGGGCGGCGGUCAGUCUACACUGGAAGCGCUUCAGUCGCUUGAUGCCAAUGUCGUGUUUGCCACCUGCACCGAGUAUCCUCGCUCUCUCUCGCUGCGCAACAACGAUGGAUACGGCUACGACGACGAAACUGAUGGCGCUAGAUUGCCGGGGCAGGUCUAUGGCAAGCACACCGAUGCGGCUCAGCGCUACGACCCAGUGUUCGUCCAUUCGCUCCUUGCCGGUGUGACUGCACCGGGGGUAAAGCUGAGCGGACUGCAAUGGGUGUCGGUGUUUGCCACGAACGCACCUGGUCUGGCGGUGUGUGGGCUGUCGUCUCGCUGCAGAGACAUGCGUCGUGCCAGCUUGACGCUCAUCUCCAGUCUGUAUCUUGCUGCCAGAGAAGCGGAUUUCCAGGAGAAAGAUCAUCUUCAAAUGGUGCUGGAUCUGCUCCGCGAUGCGCUGGAUUCAUCGAUCGCCAUUCAGGACUCAGCCCUUUCGGAAAGUACUGUCGUUCCGUCCGACGCUCCAUACCUCCCAACAACCACGACCCUAUUCAUUGCCCACGCGCUGCGAUCGGUCACAACGCCAGGAUCCUUCAUCUACCCGGUCAUCUCACACUUCCUGCUCCAACGACCCGAGCUCGACGUUGGCGACGUGCCUCUGCUUUACAACCUGCUCUACUCGGCUUCUGACAAGUACAAGCAAGAGCGUAUGUGGAUGCUGCGAUUCUUACGCGAUGUUGCACGCUCCGGUGGAAGAAGCGAUUGGAAGAUCUUCAAACGCAGGCGUACGUGGGACCUCCUCGCUUCACUGUACGACGCCUGUGAUGGCGGUUUGACGGGCGCCGGGAUGGACUCAGAUCGAGCGGUAGAGGAGACGUCGAUGCGUGCGUUGAUCGAGGACACGACGGCGUGGUUGGUGAGAAACGCCGAUGUCGCGAUCGAGCUAGUGACGAGGAGGGGACUAUUGACGUGGAUCUGGCAGCAAGCUGUGCGCGAGGGCGUGGUUGCGCUCGCUGAACAUCACAGCAGCGAUGGCCCGAGGCUCUCCGAGGUUACAUCAGCGGAAGCUUCAGCUCUGUCUACGUUGACACUUCGAAGCGUCUGGAUACUGCUGCUGGCCCAACUGACGCGCAGUAUCGAUCUGGACCGACUCCACCGCGCGACGGAUUCAGCCUGGCUCGCACCUAUCAUCACGCUAACAUCGACGACCAUCAGGGCGCUUCACAAAUGCGCCGCCUCCACCAACAGUCGCAAUCUUCCCGCGGUAUCAGCCGAUCUCGUGCGCACGAUCUCAUAUGCAGCGACGUCGACCAUGGAGAAGGUACUGUUGUUCGCAGACGACCCAGCAAUGGGCCUGUGGACACGCCAGAUGGUGGAGGCACUUGACAUGAUGAUGGAUUUGGCGGACAAGGCGAUGGAGGUGAAGAAGGAUGACAAGGUCUGGGAGAGAUGCUGUGUCGGUGUGCAGCGGUGUGCGCUUGCUCUGGCUGCUGCUUCUACAAGCGCGGAUGGGCAAACGCGUGUCACGAGUCCGGAGGAGCAGAAGAAGCUCGCUCGAUUGAUCCGACGAACGACCACGGUGUGUCGUCGCUUGGACAGCGAAACCUCUCAGCUUGUCCUCGGCAACCUCUUUUCAGCCUCUGCGUAG